AAAGAUUACAGGGAACGUGCGCAUUUGGAAUAUGCUGAAAAACUCAAAGAUCGUUAUAGAAAUUUACCAGAAAUUAAAAGAAUAUCCAGGCACCGACAUAUACCAAAAGCUGUUAAAAAUGCACAAGAUACAAAACGUAUUAUGUUACAAUCUCAACGCCGUAAAGAAGAGAACUUGCGCAAGCAUUCUAAAAAGGAUUCUGUACCAUAUAAAGCUGAGAGGAAAAAAAGUAUUAUUG